AUGGCGGCUUUUUUGCCGUCAACAUCCACAACAAUUGCAAACACCUCGUCAAACCAAUUAAAUAGUCGAGGAUAUACAUCCACUCCUGCCCGAAUAUCUAUUGGUUCCAUACCUAGCAAAUCAUGGACGCGUCUUUCUAGCGCGCUCUCGCUUGCAACGUUGACCUUGGACAAAUCGGAAAUUCUCGAAGAAUUGACGAUACGCAUCCCUGAACUUCAAAACCCUCUCAAUCCGUAUCCAUAUCGGAACAAAGAGAGCACUCUUGCUCCUAAGGCCGGUGGAAACCCUUUGCUCGCGUUAGCGAUCAAGAACACUGCAAAAGAAGCUGCCAGUGAUCAGGACAAAAAAGAUGAUUCCUCUAACUCCAAGAAAGGGGGUGAAACUGCCUCAACAUCAGCAAUGGGAAGCAAAUUGCUAACAAGGCUGGAUGGUGAACUCAAU